AUGCCUACUCGGAUAUCUGGAAAUGCAGCUACUUUUCGACUGUCUCUCCUCACGCUUAUCGCGCACAACUGUGUUCGUGCGGUGUUAGGUUCACCGUUCGCUGUUUCGAACACCCAUGUUCAUACUUCUGGACACCAUAAGAACGAAGGGUCGCCCCCCAGCUCGGUGGAAUUUUGGUACCAUUUGGCGAUCAGUGCUGUAUUGGUUCUCGUCGGUGGAGUGUGCGCUGGGUUGACACUGGGUUUGAUGGGGCUGGAUGAACUUCAUCUUCGAGUGUUGGCUGCGUCGUCGGAGGACGUGAAUGAGAAACAAAAUGCGCAGAAAGUUCUUAAUCUAAUGCAAGGGAGGCGACACUGGGUACUCGUGGUCCUGUUACUCAGCAAUGUGGUCGUCAACGAGAGUUUACCCAUUUUUUUGGACAACGCACUAGGUGGAGGCGUAUCGGCUAUCAUUCUCUCAACAGCAGCCAUCGUGAUUUUCGGAAUCAUCCCUCAGGCCGUCAGUGUCCGCUACGGACUGGCCAUUGGGGCGACAUGUGCGCCUCUAGUCUCGGCCAUGAUGCUGGUCAUGGCUCCGAUCACAUACCCAGUUGCGAGGCUAUUGGAUUGGGCGCUUGGAGCUGGAGAGCGGCAUACGUAUCGCAAGGCCGAGCUGAAGUCAUUGCUGCAGUUCCACAAGACGGGAGAGGAACCUUUGCGGGAUGACGAGAUUAACAUCCUCAGCGGAGUGCUUGAGCUUGGAUCCAAGAAUAUCGAGACGUUGAUGACGCCGUUACAGGACACCUUCGUCCUUAGCUCGGAUGAUAUUCUCGACCAGAAGGCUGUCAAUGCGAUCAUGAAUAGUGGAUACUCGAGAUUUCCUGUCCACCUCCCUGGUCGUCCCAAAGCGUUUAUCGGCUUAUUGCUAGUAAAAAAGCUUCUCACAUAUGAUCCUAAGCAGGCGUUGCCCGUCUGCGCUUUCCCCUUAUCCAUCCUUCCGGAAGCGCAUCCUUCAAUAAACUGCUUUCAAGCCCUCGACUACUUUCAAACUGGUCGGGCCCAUCUUCUCCUGGUCAGUCUUACGCCUGGACAUGAAGGAGGUGCUCUGGGAGUCGUCACGCUGGAAGAUAUCAUUGAGGAAAUGAUAACAGAAGAGAUCGUCGACGAAACCGACAGAUAUUCCGACAACCAGAGCAAAGUCAUCGCACCACGAGCAGCGACGGAGCUGAUCAUGAACAACAUUGUCGAAAGAGAAGUAUACGCGCCAUCAAGCUACUGCGACGAGACCUCGUCGCUGAUAAGUUCUGGAACGGGUUCAUCACUUUCACGGACGUGUUCCAAUCUGAAUUAUCAAAGUAUCAACCCGGUCAAUGUGGGCGCAAGCACGAUGUAGAGAUAUAGUUGUAUACCUUUGUUAGGAUUUCUUGGGUUUAUCAAUAGACGGAUAUGGUGA